UCAGCAACAUCCACAAUGGCUUUCCCAGGCCAAGUGCGCCCCUGCGCUAUCCCAGAGAAUGAAGAGCUGUCCCAGACAGUCCUGAACAGCGUCCAUGAGGCUAAUGGGAGUGAAGAUGAGAGGGCUGUGUCCAGACUGCAGCGCAGGCACAGUGACAUAAAAGUCUACAAGGAGUUCUGUGACUUUUAUGCGAAAUUCAACAUGGCCAAUGCCCUGGCCAGCGCCACUUGUGAGCGCUGCAAGGGGGGCUUUGCACCUGCCGAGAAGAUCGUGAACAGUAACGGCGAGCUGUACCACGAGCAGUGCUUCGUGUGCGCGCAGUGUUUCCAGCAGUUCCCGGAGGGGCUGUUCUAUGAGUUUGAAGGAAGGAAGUAUUGUGAACAUGAUUUUCAGAUGCUCUUUGCUCCUUGCUGUCAUCAAUGUGGUGAAUUCAUCAUCGGCCGAGUUAUCAAAGCCAUGAAUAACAGCUGGCAUCCUGAGUGCUUCCGCUGUGACCUCUGCCAGGAAGUUCUGGCAGAUAUUGGCUUUGUCAAGAAUGCCGGGAGACACCUGUGUCGUCCCUGUCAUAACCGUGAGAAAGCCCGAGGCCUUGGAAAGUAUAUCUGCCAGAAGUGCCAUGCCAUCAUUGACGAACAGCCUCUGAUAUUCAAGAACGACCCUUACCACCCAGACCACUUCAACUGUGCCAACUGCGGGAAGGAGCUGACCGCUGAUGCCCGGGAGCUGAAAGGGGAACUGUACUGCUUGCCUUGCCAUGAUAAGAUGGGGGUCCCCAUCUGUGGUGCCUGCCGACGGCCCAUCGAAGGGCGUGUGGUGAACGCCAUGGGCAAGCAGUGGCAUGUGGAGCAUUUUGUUUGUGCCAAGUGUGAGAAACCGUUUCUUGGACAUCGCCAUUAUGAGAGGAAAGGGCUGGCAUAUUGCGAAACGCACUAUAACCAGUUAUUUGGUGAUGUUUGUUUCCACUGCAACCGUGUUAUAGAAGGCGAUGUGGUCUCUGCUCUUAACAAGGCCUGGUGCGUGAACUGCUUUGCCUGUUCCACCUGCAACACUAAGUUAACACUCAAGAAUAAAUUUGUGGAGUUUGACAUGAAGCCAGUCUGCAAGAAGUGCUAUGAGAAAUUUCCACUGGAGCUCAAGAAAAGACUUAAGAAACUAGCUGAAACCUUAGGAAGGAAGUAACUUCCUUGAUUUUGUUUUUCCUCUUCUAUGCAAAGAUAAAAGAUUACUAACAUGACUUAACUUGAUCUGCCCUUACUUAAAGCUAUAGCUCUGACAGUUGAGAGUGAAGAAGACUUAUAUGGAUGAUUCUCAUCUCUCUUUUUCUGAUUAAGAAAAGUUAUAUUUAAAUGCUGAUGAAAUCAAGAUCUGCCUUUGUUAGCUGUUAUCAGUGUUGACUUGCAGAUGCUACAUGAUCAAAUGUUAAAUUUCAGUUUAGGACCCCCAAAUUAAAUAUAAUUUUUUAAAUGAAAGAAUUCCAUUUUUACAUGAUUCAGAUAAAAAAUAAUAUAAACAUUUUAUUUUGUAUUAAAAAGAAAAUUACUUCCCACUGCUGUUGGGGAGGAUAGAAGGAAGAAAAAUAAUGAACCAAGAAAAAUGAGUGCUACACAAUCUCAGUAUGUUCAGCCUAUCGGACUAGUAGCUAUAAAAAUGAAUGCAUACAUUACUAAGGAAAGAAAAAAGGUGUAUUCAGAACUACUUGAUUCUAUUCUUUUUUGUUACAUGGAGUAAUUAUUAUGCUUAGUUUUAUAUUUUCUUCUUGUGAACCUCACCUUUGUAUGAUUACUUAGCACAUUAGUUAUAGCUAGCCAUCAGUAUGUCUUUGAAAUUUUUAUGCAAAAAAAAAAUUAUAUAAGGCCUUUGAAAGUACUGCUUCCAAUAUUGGAAAAAUGAAGUAUUUUUUAAUGUAUUACAGCAAUUGUAUGUCUAAGUUUAACGUCAAACAUGUAGUCUUAGAAUAGGACAUGGAAUUAAAUUUUAUGUAGUUUGUAAUGUAUUACCUGGAAAAGGUAGUUAAUAUGUAUGUAUUGGUCAUGUUGCUUUUAUAACCGUGCUAAUAUGUAUGCUUUAUAUAUAAUCAGACUUGCUUUGCCUUAAAAAAUGCAUACUUUAAUCAGGAAUUCUAGCUGUUUCCUACAAUGCCAACUAAAAGUUAAGUGCAUUGGUGAGAUCUGUAGACCCAAAUUCAUUUAUCGCAGCUGUCAUAAAAUUAAGAAAAUGUUUUUCCUGUUUUUUUGGGGAAACACAUUGAAAUUAAUUCCUGUCAUCUCAGUGGAAGAGAGUGAUGUUGAUACGUGUUUUAGGUUUUCCAUUUCAAAUAUCAUGAUUCAUUGGAUUUUAUUUACUGUAACUGGGAGAUAUAAAUGCCACAUAUUAAUGGAAGUAGGAUGUUUAAGUGCUGAUUGUAGGUCAGAAUUAGGGAACUAUCCUAUUUUAUAAAAUUAUUUGAUCCUGAAGUAUCUGAACCAUUCUUUCUGGAUAACUUGUUAUGCAAAGCUUUAUGAACAUUUCAAAAAUGUUACUGCUGCUAUGUUAUUUAAACAGAAAGUUGCUUUUAAGAUAGACUUUUAAGGGAAAUUUUUUUUCCAAAAAUCACAGAAACCUUGUUUUGCCAUUAAAGAAAAAUCUCAGGAUGCUAAUACUCUGCCAUUAAAAUACUUGUAUGCAUGCUUUUUAAAAAAUAUUUGUGCAUGUGCUUUUCAGAUUAAAUUCUAUUUUUAUUUUCAGAAAACAUAACCAAUUACCAUAUUUUUUUAGUGUUCUUUUAGAGUUAAAAGAACUGUCAUAGGUGAUUGAAAAUAAACAAUAUAUAGUCUAAGAAUGUAUGUGCUCAGUAAUUUAGAAUGGCCAUUUGACAGUGAAAAGCAAAAUCCUUCCAGUGUGCCUUUGUCAGCUGAUAAGACCAACCAGCACUGAACACCUGUAAAGUAUUUAUUAAAUAUUAUACCCUGGGUAUAGACAAAAUAGGACAGGGUUUGCCAGUACUGGGUCAUGAUGCUAAAUUCUUAUAUAACCCUAUACCGAAACCAGAAGCAUUUACAUGAACUCCAAGUAUUGCAGAAAAGCAAGCAUUUACAUUUAAGCUUAAUCCCUUUGAAGAUGCAUGGGCUGAACUCAUCUGCCUCACGCGGCCAAGCAUCUCCUGUAGCCAGAAGUCCCACUGCUGUCUUUGCUCAGUGCUGUUUCCUGAAGUUGGCCUCGGAGGCCUGGGACACCCGCGGAGAGUUAUCUCCCACAGUGUUCUCUUGUAGGGGUAUCACUGGAGCCAUUGUACGUGGGAAAGAAGGGCAAAAGGUUUACACAAAAUGGAAGACAAACUUGGUCUAGAUCAUAGUAUGUAUCAUGGGGUGUACCCAGGCUACUGACAACCUCAGGCCAGUAAGCAUCUCUUUAUUUAAAGUCCUACAGGACAGUCUGAAGCAAUUCGUUGUUCUUACCCAGUUGCUAAGUACUCUUGUUCUUAGGAAGCCUGGGGUAAUCAGGGAAAUUGGUACAAGAAAGCCUUAGUAACCCUCAGCCAAAGUCAUAGAUCAUUUUGCUUCACCAACUUGCCAAAUAGCCAUUUCCAAGUGAAGGAAAAUUUAAGGUCAGCAUACAGCAUGCUUGGGUUUCAUUUUAGAUUGUAAGCCCAAUGCAGGGAACUACAUCAACCAUUACAAUAUACUCUUGGUGCUUAAUAAAUGUUCAUAAUUAUUCACAAUAACCUGUUGUGUAGUGUUAAUUUGAAUGGCAUCUAUCUAUCUAUCUAUAUCUAAUGUAUGUAAGUGUCCAUGUAUAUAAUAGAAACAUAUAUGAAUGGAAGAAAGAACGGUGGUGGAGUCUUCCACUAUUCAGUGUGAAUGCUGUUAAAAAAUUCUUCAUGAGGGGCCGGCGCUGUGGCACAGCGGGUUAAAGCCCUGGCCUGAAGCACCAGCAUCCCAUAUGGGUGCCGGUUCUAGUCCUAGCUGCUCCUCUUCCGGUCCAGCUCUCUGCUAUGGCCUGGGAUAGCAGUGGAAGAUGGCCCAGGUCCUUGGGCCCCUGCACCCACAUGGGAGACCCGGAAGAAGCUCUUGGCUUUUGGCUUCGGAUCGGCACAACUCCAGCCGUUGCGGCCAUCUGGGGAGUGAACCAGCGGAUGGAAGACCUCUGUAUCUGUCU